AUGCACAAGAUACUGCUAGAAGAAGAUGCCAAACCAUCCAUUCAAUCUCAAAGGAGGCUGAACCCAAUUAUGAAAGAGGUGGUGCAGAAAGAGGUUAUGAAGUUAUGGCAGGGAGGGGUGAUAUACCCUAUCUCAGACAGCCCAUGGGUCACCCCUGUACAUGUUAUCCCAAAGAAGGGAGGAAUAAAUGUAGUUCCGAAUGAGAGGAACGAAUUAAUUCCUACAAGGACCGUCACUGGAUGGCGGAUGGAAAAAUGUCACUUCAUGGUGACAGGAGGAAUAGUCCUUGGUCAUAAGGUUUCUAACCAGGGUAUUGAGGUGGACAGAGCUAAAGUGGAAAUUAUUGAAAAACUUCCUCCACCCGGUGAUGUCAAGGAAUUUGAUAUUGAAAUCAGAGACAAGAAAGGAGUGGAGAAUAAGGUAGCAGAUCACCUCUCCAGAAUCCCUCAGGAUGAAGGUGGGGCACAUGAUACUCAAGUGAACGAGCUCUUCCCUGAUGAGCAAUUGAUGAUAGUUCACAAGGCUCCAUGUGGUCAGAUGGAGUCCUCAGAAGAUGUGUUUCGGAAGAAGAAGGACGAGAGGUGCUAUGGAAUUGCCACAACUCAAGUAUGGGUGGAGGCAAUUGCAACUCCAACAGAUGAUAACAAGGUGGUUAUGAACUUCCUCAGGAAGAAUAUCUUUAGCCGGUUUGGAGUCCCAAGAGCCCUCAUCAGUGAUGGAGGGAGCCAUUUUUGUAACAGACCAUUAGAGGCUCUUCUCCUAUGA